AGACACUGAGAUUGUGGGAUCAGUGAUUCAAGCAGACUGCGGUUACAUCUUCAUUGCUGAAGAAAAAUGAAUUUCUCUUUGGAUUUUCAUGGUACCAACCUGAAGCUUCUUAAGCUGUUGCCUGAUGAAAACUUUUCACUUGGGGAUUUAGGCAAUUUGAGCCAUGAUCUGUUGCUGUAUGAAGGUGCGGAACUUGAAAAGAUAUUAUUACUGACAAUUAAAGAGCCCACUACCAUUGCCCUUACAGUCAUGUACCUGUUGUCCUUUGUAGUAGGGUUCAUUGGCAACAUCAUGUCCAUUAAAGUGCUCACUAACAAAAGAAGCAAAAGGAUGUCAGGUGUUAGCGCAACCAGAGCCUUACUGAUAAACUUAGCCAUAUGUGACUUGAUGGUUGUGUGCAUUUGCAUGCCUGUUACUUUGGGCCACAAGAUUUAUACGGCUUGGGUGUAUGGAGACUUUCUCUGUAGAGCGGUGCCUUUCACUCAAGCAGUUUCAGUUGCUGCUAGUGUCCUUAGUUUGACUGUCAUAAGCGUUAACAGGUACUACAGUGUCCACAACCCCUUAAAUGCUAGAUCUUUUUUCACAUGGAGGAAGAUCUUCUGGACAAUUGUCAUUGUGUGGGUCUUGUCUUCUGGUAUAUGCAUGCCUCUGAUAUUUAUGAACAAAAGAGACGAGAUUCACCUCAUAGAAAACUUGCCGUUCGUUUUUCCAGUGUGUAGAGAAAUCUGGCCUUGCGCGAAGCUGAAGCAAGCGUAUAACUGCCUGUUGUUUUGCGUCCUGUACUGUCUCCCAGUCACAUUCAACUUAAUAAUCAGCUUCUUGACUGGCCGUAAGCUUUGGAGCACCUCCACACAGUUUAAGAAAUUUGACUCCAGAAACCAAUCCCUGCCAGCCUCCAGACUAAACAAUCGGAAGAACAUUGCCAAAAUGGUGGUGGCCUUGGUUCUCCUGUUUGCCAUUUCUUGGCUCCCUCUUUACAUGGUGGACAUUUGGAUCGAUUUUAGCACCCCGGACUCUCACAGAGAAGAAACUCCUCCGCCAUGGAUCCUGCAGUUAAGGCCUUUUGCACAGUGGCUUGGUCUCACCAACUCUAGCCUUAACCCGAUUUGCUAUUGUUUUGUAGGAGACCUGUACAGAUCGGCCAAAGAAAUGAAAAGCAGGUACCAGGGUAGAAUCAUUUCCUUCUUUAGUUUCUCUUUAUCUGAAGAAUUCUCAGCCUCCACCAUCCCCAAGCCGCUGUCCUUUGAAAGACCUGCCCGUGAUGUGCGCAAAGACUCCACCUGUAACACCUCGGUUGAUGUCCAUAUCUCACGGACAACCAUUUGUGAGACAGCACUGGACUCCUGCCAUCCAGUGGCUCUUCAUACAUUAUCUGCAAGAAGACUUUCCUUGGUGCAGUCUGAUCAAACUACAUUAUAAGCCUCAACUCUGUAAUAAGCUUGCCUGUAAUAAGACUGCUUUUUAAUAUAAAGCAUGGUUUCUGUUGAGCCAGUUUCAACAAGUGUAGUUUCAAUCACAACCCAUUUAAUUUCAGACAGUGCAAUUCACGUAACUGACCGUGCAUUUUCUUAAUGUGAAAUUUGUCUUCAAAGGCAAGUGUUGAUAAUGCAAGUGUUGUCUGUAUUUUCUGCAAUAUUAGCUUUUUGUUUGGUAUAUAUUGUUGAACAGUGUUAGUUACAAGACAGAUGUGUAAUCCAAUGUUUUUUUUGUUUUUAAAAGGAUGCUCACAUCUAUCCUCCUUUGCUCACCUUGCCAAAUUACAAAUGGCUUGUGUCCACUCUGCACCACAAAUCAUUAUGAUGUGAUGUGAUUGAUGUGAGGUACUCUUAAAAGCUAGAAAACUAGGCUUAAACAUGCAGUACUUUGCAUUACCAUGUUGGACAUUUUUGUGUUUUAAACUAUUUAUAAAGCUCUUUGAAGUGCAUGAAAAGUGCAUUUAAAGUGAAAAUAAAAUCAGAAUAAUAAGGGACAAAUUUCCAUCCUCCCAAACCUUUUAGCACCGUAAGAAGAACAUGAGUAAAAUACAAACACAUUCAAUGCUUCACACAACCAAUGCAAAUAAUAAAUAAUACAAUAAUCUUAAAAUGCAAGACAUGAAAUAUUUCAUUAGUAAAAUACAACUGUCUGCAUCUGCUUUCUCUAAAAUAUAUCUCUACUUAAAAUAUUUAUCCUUUUAGAAAACGGUACAAAAGUCAACAUACACAAUUCUACUUAGUGUGUUGGUUUUUAAAUCUUUUCAGUGAUCGCAUGUAAAUUUGCAUUUUAAAUUUUACAAUACAUUCUGGAAUAUGUAAAAAGAGAACUCAGCAAUCAAAUUUAAAUAUGUUGUUGUGAAUCACAAAGUUAAGGAUAUAUUUCAUAUAGCUUUGUGAGACCUUCACUGCUGAAAGAGUUGAUGUUCCUUGUACCUUCGUUAUGUUUUAAAAGAUAAUAUGCAAGUUAAAUAAUUUGUGUCUGUAGCUGACUAUUAUAUAAACUGCUUCUGAUGUUAAAAAAAAAACAAAAAAACAAAAAAACAUCAGCAUUAAAGUAUUUUGGAGCGCUGGAAAAUGCAGCUUCAGAGCACCUUUUAGUAAAAAGUGUAAAUUGUGAAUGGCACAAAGGCUCUGAUUAUACCAUGAUUGCUGCUAAUGAGGUGGGUGACUGAGAAAAAAGAAAAUGGAAAAAUCAGUUUUCAAAUACAAUAUGCAAUAUGAUGCUACUCAAAGAU